AAUGAACCACCUCUUGCUUACUAUCGAAUUCCAAUUCUCGGACAUACUUGGAGGUUUUAUACGGAUUGCAAAAAUUUAAUUAUAGAAUCUCGAGAAAAGUAUGGAAAGACAUUUUCAUUAUAUGUAUUUGGGCGAGUAAUAACCGUAGUCGGAAAGGAUACAUCUCAAGAAGUACUUACAAGUCAUAAAGAUUUUAAUUUUCUAAAAGCCAUGUUUGAACUUCGACAUCUAGACUACAUAUUUAAGGGUCAAGAUUUUGAUAAUAAUAAAGGAUAUUUUUAUAAAAAGAUUAAAGCAUGA